AUGUCAGAUCAUCACAGAAUUUAUCUUGUUCAUGAUGUGGAAGCACCUUUAAGACCUACAGCACCUUUGGUGCCUAGGAAUGCUUCUAAAUCUGAUAUGGGUGAUCCUCUAGAUUAUCCACCUCUUCCUCAAUGCACCAUUCCAUUGAUGCAUUCCAAGCCACCAAAGAAAAGAAGCCGUUGCUGCAAAUUCCUGUGUUGGACUUUCAGCAUGUUGCUAAUUCUGAUAAUUGCUACAGCAAUCACCAUUGGGGUACUAUACCAUGCAAUGGACAAAUUGAUUAUAACCCAGUUCAAUGUUUUUAAUAAUACCAGCCUUUAUGUUACAUUCAAUGUGACAAUUACUGCUAGAAAUCCAAACAAGAAGAUUGGAAUGUACCAUGAGGUUGGAAGCCAUAUAAGUUCUUGGUAUAUGGACACACAAUUACGUGAAGGAUCUUUACAAAAAUUCUACCAGGGUCACCGUAACACUACAGUGCUUAAUUUUCCUCUAACAGGUCAAACACAGGAUGCAACUGGUCUAGAAAAUAAGGUGCAGCAGAAGCUGCAUCAGACAAACAAUAUUCCCUUCAAUCCUAAGGUCAAACAGCCUGUGAGGAUUAAGCUUGGUAAGUUGAAGCUCUUCGAAGUCAAUUUGAGGGUUAGGUGUAUGCUUGUGCUGGAUAGUCUUGGUGCUAAUAAUGAUAUUAGAAUUGCAAGCAAUAGCUGUGUUAUGGAUACUCACUUUAGGCCCAUCAGUCGGGUCCAACCUCUCAAAGCCCACAUUUAG